AACACUGGUGCCAAAUCAAAACAAAAAUGUUGCGUGUUUUGCCAAACUCCUGGAAAAUAUCAAAAUAUGCAACAGGUUGGGCGCCACAGGUGCUCCGCUUCGCCAGCGGAGGAGCAAGUGAUCUGGUCCUGGUCAAGGAGGAGCAGGGGGUACGGGAGAUAACGCUUAAUCACCCAAAAACCCUGAACUCCCUGUCGCUAGAGAUGAUGUCUGCCCUUCAGGAGGCUCUGGUCAAAGAUAAGGAUAAUGUGGACCUGAGAUGUGUGGUUCUGACGGCCCAGGGAAAGAUCUGGUCGGCGGGUCACAACCUCAAGGAGCUGCACAACGACCCACAGAUACAGGCCUGCGUUUUUCAGAAGCUCACCGACGUUAUAAACGACAUCCAAAAGCUACCGGUGCCUGUGAUAGGAAAGGUCAAUGGUUAUGCGGCUGCUGCGGGCUGCCAACUGGUGGUCUCAUGUGACAUGGUGGUCUGCUCCAAGACAAGCAAGUUCUCUACCCCGGGAGCUGGCGUUGGAGUUUUCUGCUCCACUCCCGGCGUGGCCGUUGCCCGCAUCAUGUCGCGUCCCAAGUCCGCCUAUAUGCUAAUGACUGGUCUUCCAGUUACUGGCGAAGAAGCCUACAUAUCGGGAAUGGUCACCAAAGCAGUUCCAGCAGAGGAUCUGGAUAAGGAGAUCGAGGAAAUCACAAACGCCAUCAAGGCCAAGAGUCGGGCCGUCAUCUCUCUGGGCAAGGAGUUCUACUACAAGCAGCUGGCCAUGUCCCAGGCGGAAGCCUUUGCUGCUGCCCAGGAGAAGAUGUGCGAGAACUUCCAGCUGGGCGACACCAAAGAGGGCAUCGCCAGCUUCUUCGAGAAGCGCCCACCCAACUGGAAGCACCAGUAACCGCAACUAUCAAUGGAAGACUAUGAAAUAAAAUUUGCCAAAUGUGCAUUUAUACUUUUAAGCUAUGUAUGUCUGAU